AUUCUUCAUCAAAAAAACCCUAAAUUUCGAUUCAAAUCCAAGCUCUCAUCAAUGGGGUUUUCAAUUAACAACUCAGUAACCCAAUCCCACACUCGUACCCACAAAACCUUCCUUAUAGCCAGCUAUUUCCUCUUGGGAACAGCCUCCGGUUGUAUCUUCCUCACUCUCUCCCUACGUUUACUCCCUUCCUUAUGUGGUCUCUUCUUCAUCCUUCUCCACGCCAUCACCAUAGCCGGUGCCGUCACCGGUUGUUCCGUCGCCGUUUCUGGGUCAAACAGAUUCUACGCAGCUCACAUGGUGGUUAUGGUGUUAACAUCGAUAUUUCAAGGAUCCGUUUCGGUUUUGAUCUUGACCCGGAGUAGUGAUUUCUUGGGGUAUUUGAAAUCUUAUGUUAGGGAAGAUGAUGGGAUCGUGAUAUUGAAGCUUGUUGGUGGGCUUUGUGUGACGGUUUUUUGUUUGGAAUGGAUGGUAUUAGGUUUGGGAUUCGUGUUGAGGUAUUAUGCUUUUGUUGAAGGUCAUGAAGGUGUCGUUAAUGGCGGACAGUAUCAAAGGAAUGGGAAAGUUCAAGUUUAAAGAAAUGAGAUUUGUGUUUGAAAUAUCGUAAAAAGCUUUGCUUUUUGCUUUUUGAUUUCAUAUUCUUGUAUUGUUUGUUGAAUUAUCACUUUGUGAUUCAUAAUUUAUAUUCUUGAUUUAUAUGAUACUUAAUUUGUUGAAAA